GGCGUCUUUUCCUGUCAGGAAUCCUGCCGGCUUCAGGUGUAGGAAGAAAAGUAGUUCUUUGGGUAUUAUAAUGCUGCUGAAAUGUGAUCACUUAAUGCGCUGACAGAAUGGCGUCUGCUGACGGCCUUCCCUCCCCCGAAUCCACUGUGACUUCCCUGUUGGCCAGCUCUGGGUACCUCAAGAGCUCCAUGCUGUCGGACUCCUCACGGUCAAUCCGGUACAAGGGCAGGGAGUACGAGUCUGCCACAGAGGCGCUGGACGCCUACAUCGCAGACUUUCAGAGGAGUCUGCGCAUCCCCGACGCGUCCACAGGGGCACUGCAGCUGCCCAAAGACCCGGUGACCCCCGUCCUGCCACGAACGGGGUUCAGGAACAAGGAUGUUCUUAAAGAGAGCCUAACUGAUGGGGAGCUGGACUUCCUGAACCUGCCUGUGGGAGCUGGGCAGGGAGACCCGGACAGCCUCAGCCUGACCACGGACGACCUGCUGGUCCUGCCCGCCGACGGCUCCAUGCCCGUGACCCGCACCUCGGCGUAUCUGACCCAGCGCACGACCUGCCCCCUGGGCCGCAGCCCCCGCUCCAGGCCCCUCGGGACCCAGGACCUGUCCGCGUUGCGGGGGCGGAGGCGGCGAGCGAAAGGCUCAGAGGCCGAGGAUGUUCCGGGGCCGCGCCUGAACCGUUCAGCCAGAGGUGGCGCGCGAACCUUCCCCUUACACUCCACGCAGAGGGGCGCGCCAGAGCCAAGCUCCGCCCGCCCGUACCCCAGGUGGCUGACCAGCCGGAAGUCCGACAUGGAUUUCUCAGGCAUCACCAGCGUUCCUGAGCUCGCGUACCCGACGUGGGUGGGGGAGUGUGACGCGACCUCCGACCCCCCGGACGGCAGCGCCGCGCGCGGGAAACGGGGGCGAGGGCGCGCCCUCCCCCCCUCCCCCGAGGUCCCCACCUGGCUGGGCCAGCUGGAGGCGUCCUAUGAGGAACCGGGGCGGAGCGCGGAGGGCCAUCGGAGGGUGGCGCGCGACGCGGGCGAGGGCACGGGAAAGCGCACAGCCGCCUUCAGGGAGGAAGCAGACUGCAGCACGCUAAGGGACCUGAGACUGGAGUUCGCACAACAGCUGGCGGCAGCUGAAGAAAGGGAGGGCAAUGCAAACUACCACAGACCGUUCCGAGAUGACAGGAUCGAGUCUCUGAUCCUGAAGGCAGAGAAGGCCCUGGCGUCCCCGUCGCUGGGCCGCGUUGGCCGCGGGGAGGAGGAGAGCAGCAGCCCGCGCACCGAGGACGUUCUGGAUGCAGAUCGGUCAUGGGACAACCCGGUGGCCUUUAAGCCUCCAGUGCCAGUAGGGGAUGCCGAAGACCAACUUAACAUGGACAACCCAGCAGGGCUCCAUCAGGCAGAGGCUGCCGCUGCCCUCACCCACAUCCAGCAGGCCGCGGGCUCCCCUUCCUCGGGCUACAGCAGCAGGAAACACCCCGGUCCUGUGGAGGCCCUCAAGCAGAUGCUGUUCAGCCUGCAGGCGGUGGAGCAGCGGGUCACUCAGGACCAGGAGAAGCAGCAGCAGCGGCAGGAUGCUCCCACAGAGACGACCACAGACCCAGGGCCCUCAGAGCAACACCAGCCGGCGCUCAGGACCUGUGAACCGUUGUUUGAGGAUUACGAAAGUGGUCCUGGAGGGCAGUCUUUACAGAGGGCCCUGCAUCACCUGGGAAGACUGAAAUGCCUGGUGGAUGACAUGAAUGACAAAAAGGCGCAGGAAUGCCAGGAGGAGAACGGCGUGUAGAGGAAAUUGCUGUGAAGAGUACAGAGCCGCUCUCCGAGGGACCACGUAUGUGAGAAGACCUGACCCACCGACUUGAAUGCAUUUCUUGGGUUUGGUUUUAUCCCCCCUGUGCCAAAUUUAGGCUCAGAACCUAUUCCUUUUGAGGGAGUGGCAAUAUUUUAAAUUCAUGUGGGUUAUAACAGCAGAAGAAAUAUCACUCGUCUCGCACACUUUCCCCACUCUUGGUUCCUGUGCAAAACUGCAUCAUGGAGGUGUCAGAAGGAGUGUAAAAUGCUUACAGUAUGUAAAAUUACAUGAGGUAGGCUGACUGAAUAAUACAAAAGUAAGGUGUUAAAAUCCAGCAUUCGGGUCUGAGGUUUAUUUCCUGAACAUCAAAAAAGGGUUUCUAAGCCAUUUUGUCCAAUAUGCUGAUUCAAAACAGGGGCGUCCAAGGAGAAGUUAUGUACCAGAAGAUUUAAGUAAUACAAUAAACAUGUACUAACA